CUAUUCUCGGAAGAGCAGUGUAGACGUGUAAAUGUUAGGCUUUCGUUUCUAUUUUACAUCUAGUUCUCUGAGAAUACAAUAGAAUUUGUUUUACAUUUUUUAUUCUUUGAGCAUGACUAAGGAAUGUGGUCGGCCUACAUACAAGAUCUACGUUGGAAACUUGGCACCCAAUACUUCUGACUAUGAUCUUAUGCGUGUCUUUGGACAAUAUGGUGAUGUCAUUGAAGCAGUCUCACUUGGCUCCAAAGGCUUCGGUUUUGUGCACAUGGCUUGUGAGGAUGAGGGUGUCAGAGCCAUGAAAGCUCUUUAUAAAUAUCUUCUCAAUGGCAAAGAAAUGGUUGUUCAGCCUGCAAUCAAUCCCAAGAAAGCUUCUGUGAGCGGUCACUUUGCCAAUAAGAAGAGAGCCACCAUCGGGAGAGGAGUUGGCACACUUGACGACUUUGAUGAUAAUUUUAGUUACGACUUGCUGGACCAAGAAAUAGCUCAGUGUAUCGAGGCGGAGAGCUUGGGCUCUUCACACUCUUCUCCUACAGCUCAAUAUCAGCAAUAUUCAGGCGGUGCCAAUAGUCAAAGUGUUGCUCAAUUAUCUGGCCUUAGUGAUGCUUUAAGUAUUGACGCAGACAGUGGCGUUACUAUUAAUGGUAGUUCAACAACUAUUAACAGUCUGCAAGGUAACGCCGCUAACGCUGCACCAGUUGGUGCGAGUAACGGUUUACAAGGUAUCGUCAGUAGCAGUGCUACCGGGACUACGAAUAACGUAAUCCACGGCUGUGCUCUUACUCCUUUCCAGUUUACCGCCACUUCUAGUGCUAGUCAAUCUACGAUAGUGUCGAGCCCCUGGGGAGAAGUGGAUGCUGGCAAGAGUAAUGGUGGCAUUCUACAAACUCAAUCUCAACUUGCUCAAUCUAGCCGAAAUAAUACUGGUUUUUUAGCUCACAAAAACAACGGUCUAAGUCAAGCUGCUUAUCUAAAUGAGCAGUUCCGUAACGAUCAAUUAAAAACGACCUUCAACCUCCAUAGUAAUGACGUCAACGCCUUAGUAUUAAAAGCCAAUCAAGUUAAUAAUCAACUGAACCAAGUACGAUCCUUGCUGCUUUCCCAGCCUCAGAAUCCCACGCUUGUUGCGCAUUCCAAUCGACUACAGCAGGAUCUGGAGUCGUUGCAGAACCAAAUUUACGCAACUCAAGCCGCCACUAACAGUCUCACUGAAGACCAACAGCUCAUUCUUAAAUUGAAACAGAAACAUAUUCAGCAGUCAGAGCUUCAGGCUUUGUUAUACCAACAUCAACUUCAGCAGCAGCAGCAGCAACAACAACAACAAUCGCUUCUGAACGGAAACGUAAAUCUGGGUCCGGGAAUUUUGGAUGUUAAUCGUGGACUGGGCUUACAAAACUCCUCGGUAUCCAAUAUACUGGACAUGAAAAGAUCAUCGAGCGGACUAACCAAUUCUUCAUAUCCUAAGAUCAAUUCAACUCUGAGCAACGGCUUGGCAAUGAACUCGAAUAGCUUCACCACGAGCAGCAGCACCACCAAUACUCUGGCAAUGAACAACCAUGCAAUGCCGCACAGGUGCCAGAUGUGCCUGGAGCCUUUCAACUUGAAUAAUCGCGUUCCUAAAAUUUUAUGCUGCACCCACACUUACUGCUUAUCGUGCCUCAUGGCAAGCACGUCUCCCACUGGGCUCAUUCAAUGCCCUGGAAAUUGCGGAGUUUCUACUCAGCUCACUGAGGCUGGCCUUGCUGGGCUGACUACCAACCAAGGCUACCUGAAUGUCCAGGACAGCACCGGUGCGACAGCGUCUAAUGGACACGUGCAACCGAGCGAGGUGUGCGCGUCCUGUACGGGAACGCUGCAAGACCAGCCUGUAAGCAAGUGUCGCCAGGAGGGCCACACUCUAGUGGCCAGCGACGAAGCUGUUCGUCUCAUGGUCGCUCAACUCCGUCCCAACGUUGAAAAGAUCCUGGUGGUGCUCAGGCAGGUCAUGAAGAUGCGCGCCAAUAUCAAGGAACGAGUUGAAAGCACCCUGCAGUCACUGGCCAAGUUCACCGAGGAGCUCAAGACUAAGCUGCAGCACGAUUCUCUGGAAGAAGACGUACUCAUUUCAACCCUGAACGACCUUAACGCCCUUAUGUUGCGCAUGGAUACCCUGACUUAUCCGGAGCUUCUAAGGACUUUUCAAUCGGUGGAAAGAUGUGCUAACAACAUCAGCUAUCAGCACACGCAAUGUUACAAUUCUACAGUCGUUAACGAAGCUGUUGAGGCGCUCAUGCUGCGGCUGCACCAAGAAUCUCUGCCACAGGUUUUCAAAAUCGGCCUCCGCCAGAACGAAAUGUUCCGCAUGGAGCAAAGUCUACAAGAACACGCCCUUAGUGGUAAUUACGCUAACGUGUUGCUCCAAUAUAUGGUGGCCGAUCUACUAGGCUCGCGGGUCAAGCAGAAUAAAGCAUUCUCUGCCUUCGGUAAUUGUGAUGCUACUGAAAUCGAUAAUAUGCCUCAGGAGGCUCAUGGCUCCAGCAGUCAGUCUCCUUCCGAUGCCGGAAUCAUGAGUAACGGGGUCUUGUCAUCGUCCGGAACGCCUGAUAUGGCGGCCAUGAAUGGUCACGAUGUUAAUGUGCUCAGGAAUAGCAUGGAACAAGUGGACAUUACGUGUCUAUUGCAGACAACUGAGGCUAUAGAAGCAGAGAAUCCCAGUUCAGCAGACAUACAUCAAUAUAAUGAUCAUUCAGCCUCAUUAGGCCUCAGUAAUAUAUGCCAUUUGGCUAAUGAUGCUGAAGACAUAGAGGCUGUCGAUUUAGAGAAAUCUCUGCUCGAGGGCAGCGCUUCUAUUGAGCCAGAGGAAUCCCAUGGUAUGCACUCAUCUGCUCCUUCGCCUCGUAGAAACCAUUCCGUUACUCCUCCCAUUGGCGCAGUGGUACCUUUGGCUGCCGAGUCCCCUGCGGGAUCUUCGGAUAAAGGAAGUAAGCCUUUUUCUUAUCUCGAUGCCGCAAAAAAACCAGCGAAGCCUCAACCAGAACCUCAACCGAAAACUGACGUUUACAAAUUGCCUGCACAAGUGAAGCAAAUAAAGACUCCUCAUUGCUGGAUGAAAGUUACGGUGGAUGGAGAGCCCAUCGGCCGAAUCGUGUUUCAGCUUCGUCCCGAUAAGGCGCCGAAGAUGUGCGAGAACUUCUUAGGCCUUUGUACUAACAAACCAGGUUAUGGUUAUAAAGGCACGCAUUUCUUUAAGAAUGGUGACGGGUUCUUGGCUGGAGGAGAUGUUGAAAACGAUGACGGCACAGGAGGCUAUUCCAUCUUUAACUGUGCUAAGUUCGAAGCAGAUUUGUGUCCUCUUAAAGAUGAAGUUGGUAUGAUAAGAUUUAAAGGAAAUGGCACUAGUGAAAACGGUAGAGGUAUGGUAGGGUCGCAAUUCAUGGUUUGGUGCGCCGAGAGAGAGUUUAAAAAGUUCUCCUUCAGCCUCGUAUUCGGACGAGUCGUUGACGGCAUGGAUGUUGUCAAGAAAGCUGCAGCUGUCAAUUUAUCUAAACAUGACGUUAUGAUUGAAGAUUGUGGUGGUGUGCUCUAAUGAUGAUUUUUUUCUUAAUCGAAUCAUUUUGUACUGAAUCAUAGAACGUGGAGUGUGAAUUAAGCACGACUUGAACUAAUUUGAGUCUGCGAAAGAGCAAGCGAGCGAGCAUGAUUAGAUUCAAACUUCACCAUUUCUUCCACUGUGCCUUACUCUCUGUGCCUCGACAUUAUCGUGGAUAGCCUUAGAAAUCGUCCCACGUUCGUAGCAGAAGAUACAAAAUAUUUAGAUGAUGAAACUAUUGAGUACUUCAUGUCAAUUAGUCAGAGUUGAUGCAUUUUGGCCGUGCCAUUCCUUGAAGUUAGUUCGCGUCGUGUGAACUUGCGUCUGUUUGUAGGAAGAAGUAAUAACGUGCGGCCAUCCUUGGCCGAUCAUAGGGGUUUUCGCACAGAAGACGUGCUAGAAUUAUAUGGAUCUAAGUCAUCUAACUGACCAUUUCUUCGAUUUGAUUUUAACAAUUUUUAUGUUGUGGAUGAAUCUUCAAGUUGAACUAUGUUGACGGCGAUUGCAUUGCUGUGUAAAUUGGUUUGGACCGAUAGUUUCAUCGAUCAUUUAACUGCAUGAAUGUUGGUAUUUAUUUUUCCUUAAUAAUUGAUUGUUAUUGUAAUUACCAUCGACUAUUUAUAUAUUCGAUUGCGAAUAAUUUGCUUACCUGUUGUGCCUCGGCCAAUGGAACAAACCUCAAUAUUUCUGAUUUUGUAAAACAUUUUUGGGUGGGGCAUGGUUUUUUUUUCGCCGAUGAGUUCCCAGGCCUAUUGAUUUUUUUUUAUUUGUAAACCGUACUUGAAUUGUGUCCUUAGUGGGCGAUGUAGCUAUUGGGAUUAUUGGUGCGCAGUAGUAGACAGCUGUGGUAGCUUGUUUGUAACGACAAGGUGGUCGAAUUUAAUUUUUUUCUAAUUUUGUGUGCUUGUGUGAAUCGCGUCCAAAAUGUGCACUCGAAUAAAUUCAGGUUCUGCCGAAUUUUUCGUAAUGUGCUUUUAUUGUCUAUUUCUUGUCUCCUGGGGAGUAUAUAGUUUGGAAAAUAAUCUUUUUUUCUUGUCGAAAAAAUACGAUUUAUCUAGUUACUUGGUCUUAUGUCAUCGAAAGUGCUCAUUUUGCUCGCCUUGUAAUGUUUGAUGUAAUUUUAAUUUGAUAAUUAUGGAAAUGGCCGAUUUUACUGGACGCAAUUUUUGUUGUGCUAUUCGCGAAGAAUUUACGUACGCCAUAAUGUUGUUUCUUAUGCCUCACAUCCUACGACUAGAAAGCUGUUAAGUGUUGCUGUUGAUCGUCAUUGAUUCAGUCGAUGCAAUUUGGAAUGUAGUUCGUAGAGCGUGCUUUCUUCAUUAGAAGUGAAAUAAUUUCAUACUACCUCUGGGACGACUAUCAGAAAUUGUGCACAUUCUCAGCAACAAUCUGCGUUUACAAUCCUUAAUAUACGAACGAAUUUCUGGUUAGUUUUAAUUUGAGUGUUUGACUGUUAGCUCCUUAAUUCUCAACUAACAAACUAAGGCAGAAUAUCAACAGAGCUGUGAGGUGCCGGCUCAAUUUCGUGCCUGUGGGUCUCUGCCUCGAGCAAUCAUGGCUGUCAAUUAAAGGCCUAAUAUUAGUGUGACAUUCUUGGAUUCUAUUCGACUAUUUAUACAUUUGUUAUCAUGCUCGUGUUUCUUCUCAAUAUUUUUUAUGAUCGUGUAAUAUUUACAUUCCACAUUUCCUUGUAUCAAUUGAGCGACUUUAUAUGAAGUACAGUAACGUGUGUCGA